AGUUUGUCACACGGUGAAGCGCUAUAGGCUGUGCAGUGCUUCUCCGUGCAGCACAUUUGACCUGUGCUGGCCAUUAGUAUUGGAAGAAGCUCAAGAGGAAUGCAUCUUGUCACUGGAGCUAUUUUGGCUAUGUACAACCAUUAAUGAUCGUAAUCGCAGCGUGAGAUACAGAACAGUUGCGUUGCCGCUUAUCGUCGUCUUCUAUUUCUUUCUUUUGUUUAUCUACAAUUUUUUUUUCGCCAUGCCUGUUUGGGAUUAGGAGGUCAGGCUGAAUGGCACGCCGUCUGCGCCUGCAUUUUGCCACAAAGAGAAGCAACACAGACCCUUUAUCUGAAAGCUGCAGCCAUGAGUUGGACGACGGGCUUGGGACACCUGCUCGGAGUCCUGCAGAACCUCUGACUUGCCCCAACUCAUUUCAUAUGAAGGUGACUCCAGGGCAGCUGGCUCUCGGUCUGCCACCUCUGUCACCAGACUAUGGCAGCCUGCAACGCCAUACUACUGUAUUUGUACCAAAGGUGAACAGCAGUGGUGGGAACAGGAAGAGCACGCUGCAGAUUUCCUUGCAGUCUUCCAGCAGGCAGAAUUUGGAUACAGAAGGUUGCAGUGUUGGGGGAGAGGAAACAGACCCCGGGGUUUGUGACAGCAGUGUUGGAGGCAUCUCCGAUGGAGGAUCGUGUAGCAGCAGCGCGGCUAGUGAUGUUGGCUACUGCAGCAGCAACAGCAUUUUCGACUCGGAUAUCGCUGAGCGCAAGAUGUCCUAUGAUAAAGGUGCAUGCCGUCGGAGGACCAAGGUUCCCUUGCGUCGCUGCUCCUCGUUGGUCAUUUUCCCACAUAGUCCCUGUACCACACCGCCAGCAUCACCGGUCAGUCCCGUGGCAACUCCUCUGCUUCCCCCGUCUACCCGAGGACCCUUUCAGACCUCGCACCAACUGCAGCUGUCUGCAACAGAUGCAUCACCGGACGAGCCCAAGGUCUCCGUCGCUUCAGCUGUGAAUGGUGUGAGACUUUCCAAGAGCAGCGCUCAGCCCACUGAGGUUCGGGAUGCCAGGCCCAUCUUGCAUUUUAGUGUUUCAACAGACUCCACAAUAAGAUCUGAACAACCAGAAAGGCACUCCAGUGUCCUUGUGCACUCUGCAAACCAGCCCCCGCUUCCACCUGGGAAAGGAAAUGCAGCCAGAACUGUGGUCAACAUCGACUGCUCUAAAUCCACGGAAAAGUCAGAGGAAGCCAAUGCUAAACUUGGGAGCCGUAAUCUGAAGCUGUGCCGUAGCACCUCAGCCUGCAUGCUUCCCACAGGGAAGUUAUUGACGGAGAAGAGACACCACACGUGUCCGACUAUCGGCAAAUCGAACGCGUUUCAGGAAAUCUGUUUCCACCGAGGCUUGCAGAGGAGCAUUUCCCUCGAGGUGCCCUUCUUAAACACUGGGAUAUCAUGUCAUAUGUCCAACACAAAACCACUCAGCUGCAUGAAUGGAGCGGCACAUGUGCAUAUACACGUGUCUCGGGGGAAUGGCGUGAAAGCGCCCAACUCGCCAAAGGACACCAGUGCCAGUGAUAAAAAGGAACAGACUCGUACCAACUCUGGGACGCGUGAUGACUUUCUGGGUCAGGUGGACGUUCCUCUGCGUCAGAUACCAACAGAAGCACUGGGCAGCGAGAGACCGUAUACAUUUAAAGACUUCCUGCUCCAUCCAAGAAGCCACAAGUCAAGGGUCAAAGGUCACCUGAGGCUAAAGAUGACCUACCUGCCCAAGAACGACGGUUCCGAAGAGGAGCAGAACGAGCAGGUCGAUGAAGCGGACCCCGGUUGGGAGUUCCUGGAGAGUCAGGAUGUGUGCGGGCCGUGCCAGCCUCCCCAGCUGCCCGUGCUGCCCCCUGGCUGGGAGGAGCGGCAGGACAACCUCGGCAGAACCUACUACGUCAACCAUGAGAACCGCAGCACACAGUGGCAAAGACCCACCAUCCAGGAUGUGCAGAGAGAGGCGGAACAGAGGCAGAGUACACAUGUACAACUCCCUUUCAUCACACGCAGACAGAUCUCUGACCACGAUGAGAACAGCGAGCGCAGAGAGUCGCCUGAGAGUUGGGAGAUCAUCACGGAGGAUGAAGGCACUCUGUACAGCAGUCAGAAUCCGCUGUCUCCCCCUCCUCCUCACUCACCGCUGGAUUACACGGCGUUCUCUGAGGAGUUCUGCAGGUUACAGAUGGGCAGCGAGAGACGCACCUCUGUCCCUGGUCAUGGCAGACGGAGAGGGAGCGCGCCGUUACUGUCUGGAGAGGAACAUCCCGUCCAUCCUGUGAUGUUGCCCACGACCCCGGGUUUGCCCCCUGGCUGGGAGGAGAAGCAGGACAGUAAGGGUCGAGUUUAUUACAUCAACCACAAGAGCAGAAUCACCACCUGGACCCGACCACUCGUCCAGUUGAUCCAGCCGGCUGAAGGAGCCGCUUCGUCUUCGGCGGGUGGAGUUCAUGGUCGCUCUCCAAGCCCCACGGCUUACGCCCCGCCCCAAGCCUCGCCCCAAGCCUCACCCCUGCAUUCACCCAGCCCACAACAGCACACGCGCACCUUCGAGUUCACAGGCUGCAUGCCUCCAGGCUGGGAGGUCCGGAGCGCUCCGAACGGACGGCCGUUCUUCAUCGACCACAACACCAAGAGCACUACAUGGGAAGAUCCCAGGUUGAGGAUUCCUGUUCACAUGAGGAAACAAGGCUCGCUCGACCCCAACGACCUUGGCCCACUGCCGCCUGGCUGGGAGGAGAGGGUUCAUAGUGACGGAAGAAUCUUCUACAUUGAUCACAACACGAAGACCACACAGUGGGAGGAUCCCAGACUGCAGAACUCCGCCAUCACCGGACCGGCCGUGCCUUACUCCAGAGACUACAAGCAGAAGUACGAGUAUUUCCGCAAGAAGCUCAAGAAACCUGGAGCAGAUAUCCCCAAUCGUUUUGAGAUGUCCGUGAGACGGAACGCUCUUCUGGAGGACUCAUACCGCCGUAUCCUGUCUGUCAAACGACCCGAGCUCCUCAAGGCCCGCCUCUGGGUGGAGUUUGCAGGGGAGAGGGGGCUGGACUACGGGGGCUUGGCCAGAGAGUGGUUCUUCCUCAUCUCUAAGGAGAUGUUUAACCCUUACUACGGCCUGUUUGAGUACUCCGCUCUGGACAACUUCACGCUGCAGAUCAACCCAAACUCAGGCCUCUGCAACGAGGAUCAUCUCUCCUACUUCAAAUUCAUCGGGCGUGUGGCGGGGAUGGCCGUCUACCACGGCAAGCUGCUGGACGCGUUUUUCAUUCGGCCGUUCUACAAGAUGAUGCUGCAGAAGCCGAUCACGUUACAGGACAUGGAAUCUGUGGACAGCGAGUACUUUAACUCUCUGAAAUGGAUCCUGGAGAACGACCCCACUGACCUGGACCUCCGCUUCACCAUUGAUGAGGAACUCUUUGGGCAGACGCACCAGCACGAGUUAAAGCCAGGUGGCGCUGAUGUCAUCGUCACCGACUCCAACAAGAAAGAGUACAUCCACCUGGUGAUGCAGUGGAGAUUCGUGAACCGGGUUCAGAUGCAAAUGGCCGCCUUCAAGGAGGGCUUCUUCGAGCUCAUCCCGCAGGAUCCGAUUAAGAUCUUCGACGAGAACGAGCUGGAGCUGCUGAUGUGCGGUUUGGGUGACGUGGACGUGAACGACUGGAGAGAAAACACCAAGUAUAAGAACAGCUACGGGCCAAACCAUCCCGUCAUCCAGUGGUUCUGGAAGGUUGUGCUGCUAAUGGAUGCUGAGAAGCGAAUCCGGCUGCUGCAGUUUGUCACAGGAACGUCUCGUGUACCGAUGAACGGUUUUGCUGAGCUCUAUGGGUCCAACGGGCCGCAGUUAUUCACCAUCGAGCAGUGGGGUACUCGAGACAAACUGCCCCGGGCGCACACCUGCUUUAAUCGUCUGGAUCUGCCUCCGUACGAGUCGUUCGAAGAGCUCCGCGAGAAACUCAACAUCGCCAUCGAGAACACGCAGGGCUUCGACGGAGUCGACUAGAGGAGUCACGGCGACGGGGUUACCAUGGAGAACAAGGCACACAGGGUGUAGCGGGUGUACGAGGCACGUCGGGUGCUCACGUCACGCUGGUGUUGGAGUGACACGCCCGUCAGAGACGACACUUAUUUAUUUAUUUUUUUUCUGCAGUCAGGUGUUCGAGGAAACCUGAUCUAGAGAAAAUCCCACAUGCUGUUCUGAUCACUAUCUGCAUCACAAGCUCACGGCUUUCUACAACGUUUAUACACACACACACACACACACACACACACGUACUUUUCUGUACUCCAAGUUCAAAUAACGACAUGUAUCUAUGUAUGUAGACUUAAUAAGCACCUCCAGGUUUCACCGUCAGCACGACAAUCACGCAAGCUUUUUGAAGUGGCCUGUCUGCAGUUUUUGGACGGUAUAUUCAGUGUUUAUUAUUAUUUUUUUCAUGAAUUAACAGCCUGUAUAACGCACUGUAUCAUUUGCAGUUAUUCAGUGGAUUAUAAACAUGCCUGCUAAUGUACGGUAUAAAUCACAAUAUCACAAAAUCUUGAGAUUACGACUCAUCAGAAGUGUUUUUGAAGGAGUGUUCGUACGUUUUUACCUCCAUCUCAGGGUUCGGUGGCGGUAUUCGUAAGAGAUGUUUGUCUUUGUCAGAUCUUAUUUUAUCUUCCUAGGUUUUUUUUUUUCCCCCCUCGAUUUAUUCCUCCGGCACUCUUUAAAACGCCGUUUACGUCAACCUGGUUUACCAACAGCUCGCUUCAGGAAAUGCAAGAUCUAAACUCUUUUCUCUUCUUCAUAUCAAAUUUUGUACUUUACUGCGUCUUUUAUAACGACGGAAUUAGUCUUAAUCCGGGUCUGGGUCUCGGCCAGCGAGCUCGUUCAUCCUCGUGUUUGGUUUCCAGAAGAAAUCCUGAGCUUAGCCGGUUUCUCGGAUAUGUUUACAUGCUCGGCGUAAGCACUUUCUCUUUCUCUUUCUCACGAUGGAAUUUUAUCAGACUGUUAAUCUCCAGUGCCCUCGUCCGUCUGUCCGAUCAGCUGUUUUGUUGCUCCGUGUUAAAGCAUAAAUCUUUCUUGAUUAGAGUUUUUUUUUUUUUUUCCUUGAUUUAGAAAUUUUAUCCCAAUGUUGGCCCUUUUUAUGCAGAGGAGCAAACGUUCAGCACAGGUUACUGCGUCGAGGACCAGAGGGCAAAAUGGAAAGUAAAUAAAAUAAUAAAUAUUUGAAAAAUUAGAGAGUCUUUAGUUUCUGAUAAAUAAAUAGCCGCAAUCAAAUUAUACGUACAAUAAAUUCCGAGUCGUAUUUUUGCCUAUCAGAUUUUAUAAAUAAAUAUUUUAUAUUAAAUAACGAUUGAAUGAAUAAUAAAUUUAGGAACGCAUACACAUCACUGGCGUGUUUUUUUUGUUUUUUCUUAAUUAUAUUUCUAGUUUAUUUAUGAUUUUUAUUUCAUUUUUGUUUUUUCCGCUCUGGUCCAAUGUUUUCAGCAAUAGAAGGGGAUUAAACGUGUAUUUUAAAAGAAAACAUGCCUUUAAUCUGGAAUAUAAAUCAUAAUGGUUUAAUCGGGUUACGUGCCACUGUUCUUGGCAACAUAUUCUGGGGAAACAAAUAAACAGAAAUGGAAAUA